UUGAUCAUUCAAGAAAGUACCUACUUAUUGAUCGAUUGACUUCAGCACAUUGAUUUCCAUUUUUGCGGGUUGAAAAUACAGUUUUCUGUUUCAUGGUGCGGUUUAAUGUGAUUAACUAAUUGGAUAAUGAAAACCCGUAUUUUCCGCAAAUCUAUUUCAACCCUUCUGAUAAAAAAUGGAGGAUAUCUUCGUCAACAAAACAUAUUCUCAGCAAGCAAGUUCAUGAUGAUUAAAGAAAACAAAUGCUUGUGUACUACUGUCCAGAAACAUAAGACCGUCAAACACAGUGUUAUUUUAGGUUCAAUCUUCAAAAUGUCGCGAUCAAGUGCGUCAGUAAAAAUCCUAUCCGGAACCCAAGUGGCAAAAGAAAUCACCGAACAACUGAAAUCCUCAGUUGCUGCAAUCAAACAAAAACUUCCAAAAUUUCAACCAGGAUUGGCGAUUGUUCAGGUGGGAGAAAGAGAAGAUUCAAAUCUCCUGAAUAAAAUAGAAGAACUGAACAUCAGUCCUCAUAUCCAUGGAAUCAUAGUGCAGAUGCCAUUAGAUGCUGAUACUGAAAUCAACUCUCAUCUGAUCACAGACGCUGUUGCAACCGAAAAGGAUGUUGAUGGAGAAAUCACCGAACAACUGAAAUCCUCAGUUGCUGCAAUCAAACAAAAACUUCCAAAAUUUCAACCAGGAUUGGCGAUUGUUCAGGUGGGAGAAAGAGAAGAUUCAAAUGUUUACAUUCGGAUGAAAAUACAAGCCGCCCUCAAUAUCGGCAUAAAAACAGAGCAUGUAAAACUGCCCAGAUCUACAACAGAAAGAGAGAUUCCUUGCACCCCCAAUGGUGUUAUAGAAUUAAUCAAAAGAUCUGGAGUGAGCCUUAUUGGUGCUCAAGCUGUGGUAUUGGGUCGGAGUAAAAUUGUAGGAACACCAACAGCAGAAUUACUCAAAUGGAACCAUGCAACUGUAACGGUCUGCCAUUCUAAAACAAAAGAUCUGAAGGAACAGUGCCAAAAAGCUGAUAUACUUGUUGUAGCUAUUGGUAAGCCAGAGCUCGUCAAAGGAGAUUGGAUAAAACCUGGUGCAGUUGUGAUUGACUGUGGAAUCAACGCUAUUCCAGAUUCUUCGAAGAAGACCGGCCACAGAUUGGUCGGUGAUGUGGAUUUUGAAGAGGCCAGUAAAGUAGCAUCUUGCAUCACACCAGUUCCUGGUGGUGUGGGACCAAUGACUGUAGCGAUGCUGAUGAAAAACACUGUACAAAGCGCACAAAAACUGUCUCAAACCCUAUUAAAUUCGAAGUGGGAUUUGAAAGUUUUACCGUUGAAAUUGUUAUCUCCAGUUCCCAGCGAUAUCGCCAUAUCCAGAGCUCAAACACCAAAAAAUAUCACUCAGUUGGCGAAUGAAAUCGGUUUGCUUCCCUCCGAGGUCUCUCAGUAUGGAAGUAAGAAGGCAAAAAUUGCUUUGUCGGUAUUGGAUAGAUUGAGCGAUCAGAAAAAUGGAAAAUACGUAGUCGUAGUAGGUAUGACUCCGACACCAUUGGGAGAAGGAAAAAGCACCACCCUACUGGGUCUUGUCCAAGCCUUGUCAACACAUAUCAAGAAAAACACGUUCGCUACUAUGAGGCAACCUUCCCAGGGACCAACAUUCGGUAUUAAAGGCGGAGCUGCAGGAGGCGGUUAUUCUCAAGUCAUACCCAUGGAAGACGUCAACCUCCACUUGACGGGAGAUAUUCACGCAAUCACCGCGGCCAACAAUUUAUUGGCAGCUCAGUUGGAUGCCAGAAUAUUCCACGAAGCUACUCAAAAGGAUCAAGCUCUCUUCGAUCGUUUAGUACCGAAGAUAAAGGGCACCCGCAAGUUCUCUAAUAUUCAAAUCAGGAGAUUGAAGAAACUUGGAAUCAGCAAGACUGAUCCUGAUUCUCUAACUGCAGAGGAGAAAUCGAAAUUCGCUCGUUUGGAUAUUGACACUAACAACAUCGUGUGGAACAGAGUACUGGAUAUCAACGAUCGAUACCUUCGUGAAAUAACCAUCGGGGAAUCCCCAACCGAGAAGGGUUUGACCAGAAAAGAAUCAUUCGUCAUCAGCGUGGCCAGUGAAAUCAUGGCAAUCUUAGCUCUGGCCAAAGAUAUGGGAGACUUCAAAAAACGAUUGUCCAACAUGGUCGUCGCUUUCGACAAAUGCGGUAAGCCUGUAACUGCCGACGAUCUGGGAGUAACCGGGGCCUUGUUGGUUCUUCUGAAAGAUACCGUGGAACCAACUCUUCUUCAGUCCUUGGAAGGAUCCCCUGUCUUCAUGCACGCUGGACCAUUCGCUAAUAUCGCUCACGGAUCCAAUUCGAUAAUUGCCGAUAAGAUUGCUCUGAAGUUGGUUGGUGAAGAUGGUUUCGUGGUAACAGAAGCCGGAUUUUCUUCGGACAUUGGUAUGGAGAAGUUCUUCAACAUAAAGUGCAGAGCCUCUGGGGACAUCCCCAACGCGGUAGUUCUUGUAACGACAAUAAGAGCUUUGAAAAUGCACGGUGGUGGACCUGCAGUCACUCCCGGCGCUCCUCUUGCUGCAGAAUAUACUCAAGAGAACUUAGAACUACUAUCGAAGGGAAUUCCAAAUGUUCUCAAGCAUAUCAGCAACGGUGUGAAGUAUGGAGUCCCAGUUGUUGUGGCUAUAAACCAUCGCGAUUCUUUCAUUCGAUUUCAGGGAUUCGGAAGGCUUCCUAUUUGCAUGGCGAAAACUCACUUAUCUCUAACUACAGACCCGUCAAUCAAAGGUGCACCAACAGGCUUCACCGUUCCCAUCAACGACAUGAAUAUAUCCGUCGGAGCUGAAUUCAUAAUUCCCUUGACAGGAACAAUUCCCAAAAUGCCAGGAUUACCGACUAGACCCGCAAUCUACGAUAUCGAUUUGAAUAUCGAAACUGGUGAAAUUGAGGGGCUAUUUUAAGUCACAAAGGAUAUAAGUACAUUGUGAUGCCGGAAAAAACUCUUAACGGUUCCAAUUCCCAGAAAAUAUAUCUCUUCGCAUAUGGAUGAGUUCAAGUAGUAGCCCAUUUCAAAUAGUGUCAUGAUACCAUUUCCUUCUAUAACUGAUACUGACAAUAAAACAUCCUGAGUAA